AUGGUUAAACCUAAAGCUAAACUCACGACAUCAUCUGGCGGUCAGCCUCGGAAACUAGACCCGGUUAGAAAAAUCCCCAGGUGUAAUGUUGCCGAGCUCAUCUUAAAAGCAGUGUGCGCUUACCAGGACCGGAAAGGUAUAUCCACUAUAGCAUUGAAGAAGGAACUGGCUGCCCUAGAUAUCGAUGUGGAGGGCAACAAUCGCGUCAUCAGAAGCGGUAUUAACUGGUUGUUGUCGAAAAAAGCCAUUGUCCAAACUACGCCGAAGGGAAUUGGCGCCAUGGGAUCCUUCAAGCGGGGUGAUGCCGCCGAGUUGAUCGCAGUAAAAUUGGCCGCCGAGGUUCGGAGAAUCGAGAACGCUAAGGCAAAACCUCCCAAGAAAUCUGAAGCAGGUAAAAACGCAGCGAAGUAG